UUUUUUCAGUUGUGCAUGUACCUGUUUGAACACAGAAUUCCUGCAUAUAACAUCCAGCAACGGAAGCCGUGGCAGAUGCGUCAUUCAAAACAAUCUCAUUGUCCUGAAUGGGACGACAGAAAGAGCUGGGAUGAAAGAAAGCACAGUAGCAGCCGUAAACGCAGGAAAAGGUCCCACAGCAGUGGACAAGAAAGCAAGCACUAUAAACCAAAUCACAUUUCAGAAAGUCAUUAUUUGGACGAUAGAGCCAUAAAUGAAAGAGACCAUCAUGACCGGAGAUAUGUUGAGGAAUACAGAAAUGACUUCUGUGAAGUAUAUGACCACAGGCAUUAUCACAGAGACUAUGAAAAGAGUCACCAUCAUCACUAUAGCAAAUCCUCUGGUCGGAGCAGGAAAAGUAGUCAUAAAAGGAAGCAUAAGAGACAUCAUUGCUCCAGUCACCAAUCACAUUCGAAGAGUCACCGAAGGAAAAGAUCCAGGAGUGUAGAGGAUGAUGAGGAGGGUCACCUGAUCUGUGAAAGUGGAGACGUUCUAAGAGCAAGAUAUGAAAUUGUUGCAACUUUAGGAGAAGGAGCUUUUGGAAAAGUAGUGGAGUGCAUAGAUCAUGAUAUGAGAGGAAUGCAUGUAGCAGUUAAAAUUGUGAAAAAUGUUGGUAGAUACCGGGAAGCUGCCCGUUCAGAAAUACAGGUGUUGGAACACUUAAACACCAUGGAUCCAAGCAGCACUUUCCGUUGUGUCCAGAUGCUGGAAUGGUUUGACCAUCAUGGCCAUGUUUGCAUUGUUUUUGAGCUACUGGGACUUAGUACUUAUGACUUUAUUAAGGAAAACAGCUUUCUGCCAUUUCAUAUUAAUGACAUUAGAAACAUGGCUUAUCAAAUUUGCCAAUCGAUAAACUUUUUACACCAUAAUAAACUAACUCAUACAGAUUUAAAGCCUGAAAAUAUCUUGUUUGUGGAGUCUGAUUACAUAGUGAAGUACAAUGCCAAAAUGAAGCGAGAUGAACGCACUUUAAAAAACACAGACAUCAAAGUCGUUGAUUUUGGAAGUGCAACUUUUGAUGAUGAGCAUCACAGCACAUUGGUGUCUACAAGACAUUAUAGAGCUCCUGAGGUUAUUUUAGCACUGGGUUGGUCUCAGCCUUGUGAUGUUUGGAGUAUUGGUUGUAUUCUAAUUGAGUAUUACCUGGGAUUUACAGUGUUUCAGACACAUGAUAGUAAAGAACACUUGGCAAUGAUGGAAAGAAUACUAGGGCCUCUGCCAACUCACAUGAUCAAGAAAUCCAGAAAGCAUUAUUUUCACCACGACCAAUUGGACUGGGAUGAACACAGUUCUGCAGGACGAUACGUUAGGAGACGCUGUAAGCCUUUAAAGGAAUUCAUGCAUUGCCAAGACACAGAUCACCAAAGUCUGUUUGACCUUGUUCGCAGGAUGCUGGAAUAUGAUCCAGCCAAAAGAAUUACUCUUGAUGAAGCCUUGCAGCAUCCUUUUUUUGAACCAUUAAAUAAAUAAAUAAAUUUGAAGAUCUUUUAUGCUUCUCCAAGGAGAUUUCCUAGACUGUGUCAGUCAACAGAGGUUGCAUGAAACUUUUGUAAGCUUUAAAUUAUUUUGUACAGUUAAGUCUGUAAAUAUUUACAUAUGUUUUGUAUAACUGUUAUGUUAACCUUGUUGAACUGUUGUAGUCUUAAUGGGUAUCAAAGUGAAAAAUAAAAGUAAUUUUCAUUUUUGAAAA